CGUUGAGACAUGGACUACGGUCGACUCGGUUCGUCGACUCACUCUGUUUCCGGCAAUCCCCAGCCGAGUCGCGACGAGUCAAAGUCAAAGCAGCGGCGGCGCCGAUUCUUCUGGGCGGGUUUGCUGGCCGCCGCCUUCCUCCUCUUCGCUGGAGGCGUGUCGGUGACUGUCCUCGUUAUGCGCGGCGGGAACCGGUCGGGGUCGUUGCCGAGUCGAGCGCCGACGCAGGCGAUGUCGCAGGCGUGCGGGCUGACUCGGUUCCCGGCGCUGUGCCUGAGCUCGCUGCUCGACUACCCGGGCUCCUUCGAGGCCGGCGUGCGCGAUUUGGUGCACAUCUCCAUCAACAUGACGCGCGGCCGCGUCGGCGACGCGAUGUACGGCGCCUCCGCGAUCACCGGCACCGGAAUGGGGAAGCUCGCCCGCGCCGCCUUCCGCGACUGCAUGGAGCUGCUGGGCGACUCGCUGGAACAGCUCUCCGACUCGCUACUCGUCGUGCUGCCCCCGUCGUCGUCGGCCUUGCAGUCCACGGAAGCUCGGGUCAGGGGCGCCUCCGACGAGGACGUGCUGACGUGGCUGAGCGGCGCGGCGACGAACCACGACACGUGCCAGGAAGGGCUGCAGCAGGUGGAGGAUCCCUACGUGAGGGGGUUCAUGGAGGACCAGUUGAAGGACCUCUCUGAGCUCCUCAGCAAUAGUCUCGCCAUGUUCUCCGGCGUCAGCCGGAACAAGGACUUCACCGGCAUUCCCAUCCAGAACAAAAAGAAGAGAAGGCUCCUCGCCGCCCCCGUCGGCGACGGCGGCGGCGACAAAGAAUUCCCGGAUUGGAUUGGGAAGAAGGACCGGCGGCUUCUUCAGAUACCGGCGGCGAACAUCCAGGCCGACAUGGUGGUGUCCAAGGAUGGGAACGGCACCUACAGGACAAUCACUGAGGCCGUCAAGGCCGCGCCGGAGAACAGCGGCCGGCGAAUCAUCAUCUACAUCAGGGCGGGCCGGUACACUGAGAAUAUCAAGAUUGCGAGGAAGAAGACAAACCUCAUGCUCAUCGGCGACGGCAAAACCCAGACCAUCAUCGCCGGAUCCCGCAGCGUCGCCGACAAAUUCACUACCUUCCACACCGCCACGCUAGCGGCGACGGGGACGGGGUUCAUUAUGAGGGACAUAACGGUGGAGAACACGGCGGGGCCGGAAAAGCACCAGGCGGUGGCGCUGCGGGUGGGGGCGGACCGCGCGGCGGUGUACAGGUGCGACAUCAGGGGAUACCAGGACACGCUGUACGUGCACUCGCAGCGGCAAUUCUACCGGGAGUGCGGCGUCUACGGAACCGUGGACUUCAUCUUCGGCAACGCGGCGGCGGUGCUGCAGCGCUGCACUCUGUCGGCGCGCAAGCCGCUGCCGCAGCAGAAGAACACCAUCACGGCGCAGGGCCGGAAGGACCCCAACCAGAACACCGGCAUCUCCAUCCACUUCUGCCGGCUGACGGCGGAGCCGGAGCUGGAGGCGGCCAAGGCCGACUACCCCACCUACCUGGGCCGGCCGUGGAGGCAGUACGCCAGGGUGGUGUACAUGCAAUCCUCCAUGGGGGACCACAUCCACCCCGCCGGGUGGCUGGAGUGGGACGGCGCCUUCGCCCUCGGCACCCUCUACUACGGCGAGUACAUGAACUCCGGCCCCGGCGCCGGCGUCGCCAUGCGCGUCAACUGGCCCGGCUUCAGAGUCAUCACUCUGCCGUCCGAGGCGAGCAAGUUCACGGUGGCCAAGUUCAUCUACGGCUUUUCGUGGCUACCGAUGACCGGCGUGGCUUUCUCUGCCGGGCUAGACGCCUUGUGAUCUAACGGAAUUCACGCACCGGUUAAUCUUCUUCUUCCUAUCUUCUUCCUUGUUUCAGAGCUGAUUGUUCUAUGGAAUAAUUCGAAUUUGCAAAUAUCGAUUCGAUAGAUUUCGAGCUUUUCUUCUUUGAUCUA